AGCAGGGGGGGGCGCAUUUUAGUUGGGGGGGCACAUGGGGGGGCCCAGCAUGAUGUUGGGGGGGCCGUGGCCCCCUCUGGCCCCCCCCUGGCGACGCCACUGCUGUCGACCUUAUGUUGCACCAGAAAAAAAGCAACAUCCUUAACAUGGUCUUUCACUCAGGACAGAGAUUCAUUUCAGGCCCCUUCUGCAGGACAUUCUGCUUCUGGGAACUGUAAACUUCUCAUUAACGUCCCCUGCACCACUCAUCACCAGAGACAAAAGUCCUAUUGUUUAGUAAUAUUUUAGCAAACAAACCACUUUUUUUAAUAAGGCUAAUAGGUUUAAAAGAUGACUAAUAUAAUGCAUGUGCACAUAAUAUAUUUCGUUCUUCAAAGGUAUGAGCUAGAACUCAUGCAGAGUAACAAUGCUGAGAUGGAUGUAAAUAGUCUGACAAGAGUUUUGGAAGGACUGAAUGGAGAUAAUUGUGAACUGGAAAUUCAUGUCCAAAGACUUCAAGAAGAAAAGAAUAGUCUUAAGAUGAACAGUGAGGAGGAGAUAGAAUCUCUUCUCUCCCAGCUGGGGGCUAGAAUUAAUGUGGAAUUGAAUGCUGCACCAUCUAUUGACUUAAAUCAAGCUUUGUCUGAGAUCCGAGAGGAAUAUGAAAACUUAAUGGAAAUAAAUCUUACAGAAGCAGAAGAUAUGUUCCUCAAAAUGAGCGAGGAGCUCAGUAAUGAGGUAGCUUCUAGCUCAGAAGCACUCCAGUCCGUGGAAACUGAGAUUAUUGAAAUGAAACGUUGUGUGCAGGCACUUGAAAUUGAUCUACAAAGUGAACUGAGUCUGAAAUCAGCACUGGAGGGUACUUUGGCUGAAACGGAAGCUACCUUUGGAUCCAAGCUUGCUGGAUUACAGUGCUUGAUCAAUAAUAUGGAAUCUGAGCUUGCCACAAUCCGAUCCAAUCUAGAACGUCAGAACUAUGAAUACAAGGUUCUCAUGGACCAGAAGAACCACUUGGAGAUGGAGAUUGCUACAUAUAAGCGCUUACUGGAUGGCCAUGAUAUUGAUAUUUCUGGACAUAACAUGUCACAUGGGAAGAAUGGUCACCAUAUUGGAAGCUACCAAUACUUAAAACAACAUUCCUCUGGUCACCACCAUGGAAGUCACCAUUCCUUAGGACACAAAAGUGGAGGACAUCACUAUUCAAGCCACUAUAAGUGUCAUUAAGUGCCUUUAUGAAACCACCUAACAAAGUAAAAGAAUAUGUUCAACUUUCCCCCAAUUAUAUUGCUACAUUUGAUAUCUAUCAUAUUUAUGUAUUAUGUAUCCUUCACUAUCCUUGCUUUAUCAAUAAUUAUAGAUGGCCAAAAGAAAGUGAUAACAAAUCCAAUGGUUUUGGGUACUACAGCUUCAUGAAACAUAAGAAAGAAGGGGAGGUGAAUCCUGAGAUGGGUUUAUAGGGUUGAUAUUUUACUUGUAGGCCAAAAUGGCUUUAUUAUAAGCUCCUUGCCCUUGAACUUUGUUCAACAUAUCACCUCCUAUUUCGAUGUUUCACAUUCAUGGACUGGCUUCUGAAGUAAUAUGUUUGGUGUAUGCAUUACAUUCCACAGAUGUCUUUCAAUCAGAUAUGAAAGAUUAAAAAAUAUGCAAAAGGCACAAGGGUGUAAAAUGCAAAAGACAUAUAAAAUGGGGGCAACUCUAGAAAAAUAUCUAGAGAGUAACUUGGAGAAGAGUUUAAGGGAAAGAAAAUGGGAAAGAAUUGUGACAUAUGCAUUGCUUUUUCAAUGUUUCAGGAAAGCUUUAGAUUUAUAUAGGGACACUAUUGAGAAACUAGGAUGCUGGUCAAUCUUCUAAAAGUGAAAGUGAAAGUAGCCUUUAAAAAGGUUACAUGAUAUUAGAAAAGAUGGUCUCCCUUUUCAUUACAGAAACAGCGUCACUCCUGCCAAUGGCCCAAUCCAGUAAUGCUGCUUAGUCCCAAUCAAGUGAACUGGUCUUAACGGCUAUACCAAACUCAAGUGGGGUGGCACUGUUUCUAGAAAAAAGUAGAUCCAUUUUUUUAUAUGAAACAAGCCCCUAAUUUGGGGAUUAGUUCUGCUAGAACAUGAAAACGAAGGUUUAAGUUCAGAGAAAGAGGUGUUGAGUAACAUAUUUUUAGAGGAUGCCUGUAAAAAGGCAUUCAACAAUUUAAAAACAUUGCUCAACCAAAAGUGUUUGAGAAUCCAUGGGUGAGAUUUUUGAAGAGUCACUAGCAAAUCAUUUUAAUGUGCCCCUUUAAAGGGGUUGUCUACUUUCUAUUGACAUCCUGGCACCCCCACAGACCAGCUGUUUGAAGAGAAGGCAGUACUUGUAUGAGCAUUGCCUUCUCUGCUCUGUAGUAUUCACUUAAACAGACAGAGUCAUUCCAUAGAGGUGAACGGAGACUACAUAUUUGUAAUUAUACCUGCUCACCACUGCAAUUGCUGUGGCGAGCAGGUAAACAGAGCAGAGAGGGCAGCGCUCAUAUGACUGAUUCUUAUCUUCAAACAACUGAUGAGCGGGGAUGCUGUGGGUCGGACCCCUGCCGAUCUGAUAUUGAUGACCUAUCCCGAGGAUAGAUCAUCAAUAGUAAAAAAGCUGAUAACCCCUUUAAGAGAAUCUAGAAAUGGAGACAAAGUGUUGUCAAUGCAUAUCUUUCCUUAAAUAAUGACCCCCUAUCUUUCAAUCUAUCUUCCACGUACUGUUCACUGAGAAAAAGUGAGGAGCCAUACUGUAAUGUGCACUGUGUACAGACCGCCAGCAGUAUAUGUAUGUACCACUAUGAAUGUUACCAUUGUGAUUGUUCUGUGAUCAGUGAGAUUUUCUCUUGUAAGCUCAGAGAUCCCUGUACAAAAUGGACACUGGACUGUAAUGUCAAUAUCUUGUUCUGGAACAUAAUUUACUAUCUAUUAUCUAAUAAAAUCUAUUCAUUAA